AUGAUGAGGGAGGUCGGCUUCGUCUACAUCCUCCUGCUCCUGCUCUGCGGAACGCACGGAGAAGGGCAGACCAAGGACAAGCAACUGAGCCUUCGGCGGAGUGCUACGACGCACCUGCGAAGGCUGAGCAGAAGUCAGGACUUUGUGGUCUACACCCGACCAGACAAGUCAGGAAACUCGACAUGGAAGACGGCCAGCGCGUUUGAAGCUGCCAACUCGACAGCCAGCAGCUUCUAUCAGUUCCUUCCCAGCUACAGCGCAUACACCAGCUUCAUGCAGGGUCGGUCGAAGAGCAAGACGCAGUCACAGGCAGGAGACGGGGAAGGAAGGCCGCUAUCUAUCGGCAUGUGGCAAACUGAAGGCUUCCUGGGCCCGAAGACGUUGAGGGGCUCGCAAGGUGGCAGGAAGGGAAGCAAACGAGGAGGAGGGUCGAAAGAGUGCAACGUGACUUCAGAGUGCGAGCAAUGCUCAGAGGCCUCGCUACAGGACAACGCAGACUACUGCAUGAAGACAGGAUGGAUGCAGGUGAAGUGCCUGUAUGACGUCGUUGCUUCUGACGUGAAGAACUGCCAGCGGGUGCAAUGUAGGGACUUGAAGACAAACCAGAUCGAAUCGUUUUUCGAGUCGUGCAAAGCGCAAGGUUACGUUCUAUCAGACACAGGGGCGGUCGUGCAGAUGGAGGCUGGCUGGGCAUUCUUUCUGGUGGUGACCUGGACUUGGAUGAAGAGGAGGAAGCGGCUCCAGCCGGGAUCUCGUCUAACGGACAAGAGCGAGGUGCAGAUCCCCAUGAGAGUUCGCUACGAGGCGUUGCAGAAUGUUUGA